AGGAGUUGGUGACAAAAUGGCGGUUCUGAGAAAAAGAGGGAAGUCAAAAUGGAAAGAGUUUGAUUUGCAUUUCUUAAUAGAAUGGGUAAAAGGGUUGUUGUUUGACCCGUCGAAGACCUGGUUAGUGGGUCUUGGUCUCUUAUUGGCGGAGAUUGUGGUUAACAUACUGGUCAUUUGGAAAAUCAAGUAUACUGAGAUAGACUGGGAAGCUUAUAUGGAGGAAGUUGAAGGUGUGAUAAAUGGAACAUAUGACUACACAAACCUGAGGGGGGGAACAGGUCCACUGGUUAUCAAGGUUUUCUUCUUUUUCGCAUUUUUCAGUUUGGCUGUCAGUGUGAAGAUGAACAUUCUCUUAUUUGCUCCUGGCUUGUUGCUGCUUCUCUUCCAGUCCUUUGGAGUGUGGUGGACAAUACCUAGAUUAGCACUGUGUGCUUUAAUACAACUGGUUCUUGGACUUCCUUUCCUGCUUGAGAAUCCCAUUAGCUACAUCACAAUGGCGUUCAACUUAGGACGGCAGUUCUUUUUCAAGUGGACAGUUAAUUGGAGAUUUUUGCCAGAAUGGCUUUUCCUUAAUCGCUAUUUCCACGUUUGUCUUCUUGUAUGCCAUGUCACAGUUUUGAUGUUGUUUUACCUGUACAAGUGGACAAGAAAAUCAGAAUCUCUACAGAGUUAUUUUAGAAGGCCUUUUCAAAGAACAGCUUUAACUUCAAAUCAUAUCCUUUGUAUAGCAACAUGGGUUUUGCAAAAUUGAUGCAUUAUUUUAAUGAGUUGAUUUCAAGAUAGAAUGAGUUUUGCAAAAAUGGUUGGCAAGGUAAAUCUUUCACAAAGCCUUAUUACACACCGUUAUCUGAUAUCUCUCUCCCCCUCCCUGCUCCUCUUGGCAUGAGGGUUGUUCAAGAGAAUUUCUAGACUGUAAGAAAAGGAAAAUGAAUAUUUAAAUUGACUCGUCGCAGAGUUUGCCAACAGUAAUUAAUUUUAUUGUUCUAUACAUCUAUAUUUAUGUGUAGAUUUCUUUACUCCUGCAUUUCGAUACCUAGAGAGAAAAGAGUGUUGUUGGAGU